AUGGCAACCAGUGACAAGGCUGAUCCUGAAUGGGACAGUCACAAGGCUACAAUUGAAUCGCUGUAUGUGAAAGAUAAACUCAAACUUGAAGGCCGCGGAGGCCUCAUGGACACCAUGGCCAGAUCCCAUGGAUUUGUGAAAAGCAAAUCGCAGUAUGAGAGCCACUUCAAAAUUUGGUGCAUGCGUAAAUAUCGAAAGAAAGAUGACUGGAGAAGCGUCGGACGGAAGAUUUCAGAGAGAAAACGGGCAGGGAAAGAUAGCAGUGUUUACAUCAAUAAUGAAGUCAUCCCCAAAGCGAGAGUUCAGAGGCAAAUUAGACGUCAUGAGUCCACUACAACUUUCGGACAACUCCUUCCAGCAUCAAGUCCGCGAACUCCCGACGGCUUUGAGAUCCGCACACCCGUAGCAGAAGACUCAACGGUCUUCUCCGAGCUGCAAGAGGCCGCACCCACCUUGCCACACAGGACGGGGACAAACAACUUUACGUUCGCUCAGUUGCAAACCUUAUCCUCCUCCUUGCAGCCUUGGGAGGGAACGGAUGAUUUCCCGGUCUCCCAAUUGCAGAACGCAACAUCCUCCCUACCACCUUGGACGGAGACGGACGAUUUUCGGUUCUCCCCAUUGCAGAAUGCAACACCUCCCGUCCCAUAUUUGACAGGACCCGAUGACUUUCCAUUCUCCCCAAUCGAAGACGUCACGAAACUUGUCCAACGCUGGACAUUUGGGAUUCCUUUGGUAACAUCACGAUCGCUAGAGGAUCACCAAGAUAUCUUUCAUCAAGGUUUUGAUGCUCAACAUGUAGUGCUAAGAGUCUCUGAAUCGCUUACUGCAGUGCUCGAAGCUUUGCUGCCCAGUACAGCGCGUGUGAAUCAACCGGAGGCGCGACUGAUUUCAAGUCCAAACAAUUACCGCUUAGAUGCAGCUACUCCUAGACUGCUCACUCAUCUGCUCUUUGCAAUAGCCAACAACUUUGCCGGUCUAGAUGGUGUUCCAAUUGGAGAAAUCAUGGACUACCUAAAACGCCAAACGAACACGCGACUUUUACGACAGCUUCUAAGCACCUCGGGGCCAGAGUCUGAAGCCUUUGCAGAAAAUCUGUUUCGGGCCGCUAUCGAAGCGGAAGACGCACGCAUUGUCGAGAUUCUCCUAGAGAAAGGAUUGAACCCUAAUGAGUUGGUCUGCCAUGUUGGCGGGGAAAAAUACACUCCAAUAGAACGGUCUUCCAUGAUGAGGAGUGUUGAAAUUACGAGACUUCUCCUGCGUGCCAAAGCAGAUGUUAACAAAACUGUUGGUACAAGAAAUGUAUGCGGAGCACUUCAAUGCGCUUUCGAAUCAGACUACAGAUACUACGAGCGAUCUCGUACACCCGUUGAGCUUGUGUCUUUGCUUCUUCAUGCGGGUGCCAAAGUUGACGAGCUGAUACUUGAAACUCGCAUCGAAGAACGCGAUCAGGACGUGAUUGAACUCCUCGUCGAAUUCUGCACCAAGACCAAUCCUCUCGACUUGGCGCGUUCCGGGAUACCCACAAAAGUGACACAAAAAUUCGACAACGAAAUGGCCACAAGGACUGUAAUGAGUAUUUUCCAAGCAUGUUUGGAUUCAGCUCACGACAUUACUCUAAGUUUUGACUCCACGCUAAAUACGGCGGCAAAGCGUGGAAACCUUGGCCUAGUACAAUUUCUUCUCCACUCUCAUGUGUCUUUGACGCAUGCAACGCUUACAAACGCGAUAACAAGUCAGAACAAGGAUCUGAUCCGGGUCCUGAUUGAGGCGGGAGCGGAUGUUGACGGUGACUGUUCCAUCUCUGAGGUUAUUCAGACGCCGCUCGGUGCAGCAAUCAGAUGUGGAGAUGUCGAGAUCAUGGAUUUACUCGAGCACAAGGGUGUUUGGUCUCAUGUCUGCGAAGGAUCGAGAUUCAAAUCUGCGUUGGUAGCUGCGUCAGAAGUAGGAAAUCUCGCCAUCGUCCAGAAACUGCUUAAUCUCGGAUUUAAUGUUACAGGAAUAGACCUCGGUGGUGCUCUACAGGCCGCAGUUUGUGGAGGGCAUGAAGAAACUGCUCUGAUACUACUCAAUGCCGGCGCCAAUGACAAUUCCUACGCUAGGAACAACAUUAUAGUUCUUCUCGAAGCAUUACAGCAGAAGAAUGAAAAGCUCGUGCAGUUGAUUCUAGACGCUGAUGUGGACAUUUCCUGUGCUAGUGGACAUUUUUUUAGAACAGCCGUCGAGUGGGGUAAUCACUCCAUCAUUGAAGAGUUGAUUGCUAUGGGUGUCGAUGCCAACGCUGUCGGUGAUUCUGAGCCUGGGCGUGCGCCUCUCGUAGUUGCUGUCGAGAGAAAAGAUGCCAAGUUACUACAGCUCUUGCUCGAUGCUGGAGCAGAUGUUAACAGCCGUGAGUUGGGUAAGAAAUCUACCGCACUGAAGGCAGCUGUAACAAAUGGUGACAUUGAAAUGGUUGAGUACCUUUUUUCUAUCGGUGCAGAUCCAGAUGAUUCAGAGGCACUGUCUGAAGCUCUAUCGCAGGGCAUGCCGAUGCUUGAGACGCUUCUUACAAAAUUUACCAGAGUAUAUCCUCAUGGGAAACGCGGAUAUGGUUGCGGCGUUCUUUUAACAGCGAUCGGGAAAGCAGAUUCCCUACUCAUUGAAUGUCUUCUCGACGCGAAGAUAGAUGUCAAUACUUGUGUCUGCAUAGGUGACCCCGAAGGAGAGGGUUUGGAUCGCUUUAGCUAUGCAUUAAGACGUAACUCACUAGGGGCGGCGAUCGAGGAGGCGAACCCCACAAGUCUUGCGAUACUUCAGACGUUGCUGGAUCGAAAUGGUAAUCCCAACAGUAUUGUCCAAUAUUCUAUAGUUUUCCCAUACGGAAGAGAGACGGCUCUUUUGGCAGCAAUCGGCACAAAAGACAUUCAAAAGGUCCAGCUGCUAAUUGACGCUGGAGCCGAUGUGAAUCGGCCUGCAACGAAAGGAGUCAAACGCACUCCGCUACAGAGGGCAGCCGAGAUAGGUAGCUUUCAAAUCGCACAGAUGCUAUUAGACAACGGCGGGCUCGUAAACGCUCAGCCCGCGUGGAGGGGAGGGGCAACUGCCAUACAACUUGCGGCAAUUGGAGGUUACAUCGGCAUUGCGGAACUACUUCUGGAGAACGGCGCCGACGUCAAUGCACCAGCUGCCAGAGUGCAUGGAAGGACUGCUCUUGAGGGGGCCGCCGAACAUGGCCGUAUCGACAUGCUGAAGCUGCUUUUCAACGUUAGCGCCAAGUUCCAUGGCCCUGAGUAUGAACGAGCUCUACAACUCGCGAAGGAAAAUGGACACAUGGCCACUCGGAGAUAUCUCGAAUCUCUUUCCACUGCGCCCGAAGAGUCGAUCAAGGACAUGUGGCAGUGA